AUGGACGUCAGCGAGCGGCUGGUGGCGCGGCGCGCGCACCUCGCGCCGUUCUGCAGCGUGGACCCCGUGAAGCAGCACCUGCGCCUGCAGAGCUACUACCAGUUGGCGCGCCAGCUCCACCGCCAGUCCGAGACGUACUUCGCCGAGGGCGCUUGGGACAACGCCUACGUGUUCCUGGCCAAGUUCAUCAAGCUCUGCUCCAAGGUGAUCACAGCACACCACGACUACGAGUUGCCUCGGUAUCAGAAGGAGCGCGAGUGGGUGCGCACGCAAGCUGCAGACGGAUUCAAGCUCUUCGAUGCGAUUUUGGAUGGCAUGGAAGCGGAGGAGCUCGAGUAUUUGGAGUAUGAGCGAUCGCUGAACCAGGAAAAGCAGCAGAACAACAGCGCUGCACUCGCCACAGAGCAGGCAAAUAUGAGUGCAUUGGAGGCUCGGUUGCAGGCGAUGCGCCUGGCCAAGAAAAACGCAGAGCAGCCAAAAGUGCAGGCAGCGGGGGCAGCGGAGAAGGAAGAGGUGCGCACACUCAACCAAUCGACGCCGGUCAAGCCGCACGUCAGCCGCUCAGUUGAGCCGCGUGUAAAGGAACGAAGCAAAACUGUAUCGUACCCCACAGUGGGGAAAGCAUCGUGGAUGACUGGGGAUGCUGCUCAGCCUUCUCACACGCACUAUUCUGCACCGCCUCUCAGUCGUCAGAGAUCACAGGAGGCAAUUGCAAACAUGACCAGUGGGAAGAUUCGCACGCUGGAAAUACCGGCGGGGAUUAUUGCACAGUUCGCAUUACUGGCUGCACCGAACACCAACCAGCCCCCCUACGGCAUUGAGACCUGUGGUAUAUUAGCCGGAAUUUUGCAUGACCGGAAGCUCGUGAUAACCACACUAAUUAUCCCGAAGCAAGAAGGGUCAUCGGAUAUGUGCACCAUGACGAACGAAGAGGAGUUGUAUGACUUUUGCUUCAGUAACGAGCUGCUUACUCUUGGAUGGAUUCACACUCAUCCUAAGCAGGACUGUUUUUUGUCGUCGGUGGAUGUCCACACCCAGUGUGGCUUUCAAUCGAUAUUGCCCGAGGCUGUCGCCAUCGUUGUUGCACCAAGCGACCCGCACAAGAAUGUCGGCGUGUUUCGGUUAACAGAGCCAAGCGGGUUGCAGCUGAUUCAAAACUGCAAUCUGACGGGCUUCCACACGCACCCGAGCCAGAUUGAAAUCUACUCGGACGCGUUCGAGUGCAAGUGGAUGGAGCAGAUCUCUGCUCAACUGAUUGACAUGAGGUAG